AUGGACAAUCCUGAACCGAGAGCCCCUAGGAGGAGGGCCGAACCAGAUGUUCCGUUAGCUGGCAAUGGAAAUGGGAAUAUGCACAAGUUGGUGGAGCAAUUUCUGAAACUCAAGCCGCCCAAGUUCACUGGCGCGGGUGAUCCUGAGGCUGCAACCCUCUGGAUUAGGGAGUUGGAAAAGGUUUUUGCCUUACUGAGAUGUACAGAUGAAGACAAGGUGACACUGGCAAUCUACCAAUUGCAAGGUAACGCCAGUACUUGGUGGGAAGCUACCCAGAGGAGGGUAUUUCCCGAAGGUACGGCCCGGGUGUGGGAUGCCUUUGUGGAAGCUUUUUACAAUAAGUACUUUUCGGACUGCGCUCGAGAGCAGAAGAUGAAUGAGUUUCAGCGUCUCCGACAGAACCAGUUGACGGUAGACCAGUACGAAGCAAGGUUUGCUGAGCUGUCCCAAUAUGCCCCAAGGUUGAUUGAAGACCCAGUUGAUAAGGCAAGGAGGUUUAGGGAUGGGUUGAAACCUGAGAUUAAGGACCAACUGGUGCCUCUGAAUCUAAAGAACUAUGAUGAGCUAUAUGAUAGGGCACAGCUGAUUGAGAGAAAUUUAGCUGAGAGAACAGCCGCGUCUGGAUCGCGGUUUAUGCCAAACAAGGAUAAUCAUCGGUUUGGGAAGAGACCAAUGACAGGAGGUAAGUUCCCCAUCCCUCCUAGCAAGAAAGGCGGAGUGAGGAAGCCGGUGUCCAACAACAACAAUGGCUCCUGUCGCUUAUGUGGAAGGCGCCACGGAUCAGCUCCAUGUCUUGCUAGGACAGGUGCUUGCUUUGGUUGUGGCCAGCAUGGCCAUCAUAUCAGAGACUGUCCACGCCAAGACGUGGGAGCGCAAAGACCAAUGCAGCAGGUAGGACAACCUGCAAGUAGUGCCCCGCCGAACCAGUGGAACCGACCCCAAGUGCAAGGAAGGGUCUAUGCUGUCAUAAGGAAGGAGGCGGAGGACUCGCCUGCCGUCAUUACAGGCUGUACUGGUUGUAAAUUAUCUGUUGGUGGUCGUGAGGAUAGCAUAGAUUUGAUUGUUUUGACGAUGUUCGACUUUGACGUGAUUAUUGCAAUGGAUUGGCUCACCAAGCAACGAGCCACGGUAAACUGCUAUCGUAAGACGAUACAGUUUGAGCCAGUAGGGAGUGUCGGUUUUGAGUUUGUCGGGAAUCGAGGAGGACCUUCGAUCCCUUUAAUCUCGUCACUCGAGGCGACUCAGUUAUUGGAUGAGGGUUGCCAAGGCUAUUUGGCGACUGUAAUUGACACUUUGGUAGAGGAACCUGGGAUGCAAGAUAUUGCUGUGGUGCAAGAAUUUUCGGACGUUUUCCCUGAGGAAUUGCCUGGGUUGCCCCCAGAAAGGGAAAUCGAAUUUGUGACGGUUAAGAAUAAGUAUCCAUUGCCCAGGAUAGAUGAUUUAUUCGACCAACUUCAAGGAGCUUCGGUAUUCUCGAAGAUAGACCUGAGGACAGGUUAUCACCAGUUGAGGAUUCGAGAGGAAGAUAUACCGAAGACGGCAUUUAGAACGCGCUAUGGACACUAUAAGUUUACUGUGAUGCCGUUUGGUCUGACAAAUGCGCCUGCAGCUUUUAUGGACUUGAUGAACAGGGUGUUCAAGGAGUAUUUGGAUAGGUUCGUGAUCGUGUUCAUUGAUGACAUUUUGGUGUAUUCGAGAAGUUUGGAAGAACAUCAACAAAGCAUUUGA